AUGAAGAUAAGUAUGGCAAAUCGUAAAUCACUGUUGAUACAGUUUAUAUUGGCCGCCUGGAUCAUUUUUACAGUUUUUCAAAAUUCCACUAAGAUAUGGACUGCACUUAAGUUGCCCAUCUCCCUCCAUCACUGGAACUUUAUCAUGAAGUCCUCAAGUCCUGAAUUACCACUGCAUCCAGUAGUUUCAUCAGCAGAGACUGAGCUAAGAAUAAAGAGAAUCAUGGACAAACUAGACCAGCUGAUCCCCCCCAGACCUUUUACCCACAUGAACACCACCACCAGUGCUGCACCCAGCACAGCCACCAUCCUCCACUCUCGAGACACCUACUGCAGGGGGGAUCAGCUAGACAUCCUCCUGGAGGUGAGGGACCACUUGGAACGCAGGAAGGAAUAUGGCGGGGAUUUCCUGAGGGCCAGGAUGUCCUCCCCAGCGCUGAAGGCAGGUGCUUCAGGAAAGGUGACAGACUUCAACAACGGCACUUACCUUGUCAGUUUCACCCUCUUCUGGGAGGGCUGGGUCUCUUUGUCUAUCCUGCUCAUCCACCCCAGUGAAGGAGUGUCGGCUCUCUGGAGGGCAAGGAACCAAGGCUAUGACAGGGUGAUCUUCACAGGCCAGUUUGCCAGUGGCACCUCCCAUGUCAAUACUGAUUGUGCCCUGGUUUUAAACUCCAGUGCUGAGCUGUGUGAGUACCUGGAUGCUCAGGACCAAGAAGCCUUCUACUGUGUGAGACCUCAGCACAUGCCCUGUGCUGCACUCACUCACAUGCAAUCCAAAAACACGGAUGUUUCUUAUCUUAGCAGACAAGAAUGGAGCCUCUUUGAAAGGUCAAAUGUGGGUGUAGAGAUUAUGGAAAAUAAUGCCAUUAAUGUCUCCAAAUGCAACAACAGAAAAACAGUUACAAUGAAAAAGAAAUGCAAGUUUGGAGUGGCAUCCACAAUCCCUGGUGGACAUGUCUGGAAAGAGACCUGGAAUCCUGUCUCCUGUAGUUUGGCUCCAGUCAAAAUGAAAGAAUGCCUAAGAGGAAAAUUCAUAUAUCUAAUGGGAGAUUCCACGAUCCGCCAGUGGAUGGAAUAUUUCAAAAACAGUAUCAACACACUGAAGUCAGUGGAUCUACAUGAAUCUGGAAAACUUCAACACCAACUUGCUGUGGACUUGGACGAGAAUAUCAACAUCCAGUGGCAAAAACAUGGUUACCCUUUGGUUGGCUCAUUGAGCUAUUCAGUGAAAGAAAUUGAGUACAUUGCACGAGUCAUUGACAGAACCGGAGGAGGAAAAAACAUCAUCAUUGUAAUUUCUCUGGGCCAGCAUUUCAGACCCUUCCCCAUUGAUGUUUUUAUCCGAAGGACCCUCAAUAUCCACAAAGCUGUUCAGCGUCUUCUUCUGAGAAGCCCAGACACUAUGGUUAUUAUCAAGACAGAAAACAUCAGGGAGAUGCACGGUGAUGUGGAAAGAUUCAGUGACUUUCAUGGUUAUGUCCAGUAUCUUGCCAUUAAGGAUAUUUUUCAAGACCUCAAUGUGGGCAUCAUUGAUGCCUGGGAUAUAACAAUUGCAUAUGGCACAAAUAAUGUCCACCCACCUCAAUCUGUAGUCAGAAAUCAAGUUAGUAUAUUGCUAAACUAUAUUUGCUAG